AUAUCUGGUCCUCAGAGCAGCUCGGUUAUAGAGUUGGACUUGAUAACAGAAAAACCAAAAUGGAAAGACAUUGUUGAAAACCACAAGGGGUAUUAUCAUGACACAGCCAAGAGAGCAUCUAGUCAAAUGACUCUGGCCUACGUGACCCCUUGGAACAACCAUGGCUAUGACAUCGCCAAGUUCCUUGGAGGGAAAUUUACUCAUGUCUCUCCAGUUUGGCUGCAGCUGAAGAGGCAUGCUGGCAGGAAUGUUAUCACAGGGGACCACGACAUCGACCAGGGUUGGAUCAGGGAUGUGAGGAAGGCCGGCAAGAGCUGCAAUGUCAAAGUUGUUCCUAGAGUGAUAAUGGAAGGGUGGCAUCGUGAUGACUUUGAAGAGAUUGUCAAUUCAGAAGUCAAGCGUGGUGAAGUCGCAAAUGACAUUCUGGGUAUUAUCAAGAAGCAUAAUCUGGAUGGCAUUGUGCUCGAAGUUUGGAGUCAGAUCCCCUCACAGGGAAUUUUAGAGAGGUUUCCUAGGGUUGUCCGUGACAUAGCCCAGAAGAUUCGUAAGGCUGGUUUCGUUUUCAUACUUGUCAUUCCACCACCAGUCUACCAAAGGUAAGG